AUGAACUAUUUUGUUGUGUCCAUUUGUUUUCUCCUUUGGUGUGUUGUUCAGAAUAAUUUUGUUAUAAAUGAAAAAAUUAUUCCCAUAAGUCCUGCUAACCGUUCAAAGUUAAAAAAAAUGAUAGACCGUGAUGAGGACUUUAAAAUAAAUAUACAUGCCCCCGUGGAGGAUACACAGGAAGUGUUGGAAUCUUUGGAUUCCUUGAUGAGGGUGGAAGAAAUCCAGAGAAAAGUCGACGAAGAAGAGUGCAUGGGCGACAAGCAGAGGCUGUUGAAAGUUCAUAAAAAGAGAAUUCAGUAA